GCGCCAAACUCUCAUUUCAAAUCUCUCUCUCACUCACACACACUUCUUCAAUGGAAAAUUUUCAUUAGGAUUUGGGAAAUAACAAGCGGAGAUGCCGAAGAGAUUAAUCGAUGGAAGGGGAGCCUGACCUUCAAGCCCCGCCGGCCGGAGAAACAUUUACCAGUUUGAAUCUGAGCCGUCCGAUCAACAUCAACCCGGAUUCUAUCAAUCUCAGCCGUACGUUCAACACUACCUCCACCUGCACCUCAGCGACGUCGUGUUCGUCCUCCUCACCUCCGGACUUGGUCCGGCAUGUUCAAGCCGCCUUCAAACGCCACCGCCCCCUCGGUAUGUUGCAGUCAAACAGUAUUAGGCCAAGGAGAUUAGCUGUUCCUCAACGAGUUACAUCAAAGGAAUCAGAUUUAAACCCUCAUCCAACAUUUGAUGCCAAGAAAAGCAACGAAGAGAUUUUACUAAGUCACAGAUUGAUGGGCAGCAAGUCGCAGUCCAAGAAAGUGGUCUCUGUUGCUGUAGAUGCUCAAGAGGUCGCAGCAGUCUCCCCGCCUUCUGAAUGGGGUUCCACCAUAAAUACGCACGAAGAGAACUUUAAGCCAAGCAAUGUUCAUGGAGAUCAAUCCCAACCCUUUACUGGAUCAAGAAGCAACGAUGCAGUUGCUUCAUUGGUCAUCGAACCCGAGCAUGUUCAGUUGUCUGAAGUACAAAAGAAGGUCCAUUUUGCCUCAGAAAGCUAUGCCAUUGCUCAAGGGGCCGAUGAACAAAUGGCCACUGGAAUGGACGACUUAUUAUCUUAUAUGGAUUCGCUUGCAUUGACAGAAUCGAACUGGGAUGUGAGCAACCAAGUAGAUCCUUCAUCUGCUGUCAAUCAGGAUUUGCAGCGUAAGAAUUUUCAGUGUAUGGAAAUGGAAAAUAGUUUGAGGUCCGAGGGUGGGAUUUCUUUAAUGGGUAGAGGAAUUAUGACUAGGCAGGAUCAGCUACACAACCAAUUCACUAACUUUUUGCAAAAUGACUUGGGUAAUGCUAUGACACAGUCCAUUGUUGGGUCCACUUGCCUUAGGUCAACAUUAGUAAACUCAAGUUCAGCUCCUAUGAUUAGUUCAACAACCUAUUGUUCUCAACCUCAUCAAAUGAUCACUUCUAGUUUGAACAUGGAUCCCUCAGGAGAAGCUGAAGUUAAACGAGAUAUGGUGCAGCCAUCAUUUCCUACAUCCAACUAUGCAAGUGGACUGUCAACUCAUCCGUCUACACCGGCUGUCAGCUCAAUUGCUGAAGUGCCAAUGGAAAUCGGUAAUUCUUUUGCCCCGUCUAAGGAGCAGCCGAGCAAUUUUCAAAAGGAAUGUAAUGCUUCUAAAGAUUGUUCCCCUCAGGAAGAUAACAACACAGCCAAAGGGAAUGAUAUAGAUAUAGUAUCUCAGCCUCCAUCAUCAAAGGUACAACAUAUGGAUUUGAAAUUGGAAAAUUCUAAGUCAGAUAAACAAGAGAAAGGCACAAGUGGCAAACCAACAUCAACAUCUCGUAAAAAAGGUUAUGACCCUGACUUGUUCUUUAAAGUCAAUGGAAAGCUCUAUCAAAGGCUUGGAAAGAUAGGUAGCGGAGGAAGUAGUGAGGUUCACAAAGUAAUUUCCUCAGAUUGCACUAUUUAUGCCUUGAAGAAGAUCAAACUUAAAGGCCGUGAUUAUGCCACAGCAUAUGGCUUUUGUCAGGAAAUUGAAUAUCUAAACCGGCUGAAGGGGACAAACAACAUUAUUCAGCUCAUUGAUUAUGAGGUGACAGAUAAGACUUUGCUUCAGGAAGUCAUGAAUGGAUCCAUGAGUAAUAGAGAUGGCAGAGUGAAGGAUGAUGGCUAUAUAUACAUGGUCCUUGAAUAUGGUGAAAUUGAUUUGGCUCACAUGCUGUCCCAAAAAUGGAAGGAACUGGAUAGCUCUAAUUCAAUGAUAGAUGAGAAUUGGCUCCGAUUUUACUGGCAGCAAAUACUUUUAGCUGUGAACACCAUACACGAGGAACGUAUCGUGCAUUCAGAUUUAAAGCCAGCCAAUUUUCUUUUAGUGCGAGGUUCACUCAAGCUAAUUGAUUUUGGUAUUGCCAAGGCUAUAAUGAGUGACACUACCAACAUUCAACGGGAUUCACAGGUUGGCACACUAAGUUACAUGUCUCCUGAAGCAUUUAUGUGUAACGAGACAGAUGGAAAUGGAAAUACGAUAAAAUGUGGUCGUCCAUCUGAUAUCUGGUCACUUGGUUGCAUCCUUUACCAAAUGGUUUAUGGAAAAACACCUUUCUCAGAAUACAAGACGUUCUGGGCGAAAUUCAAAGUCAUAACUGAUCCAAAUCAUGAAAUUACCUAUGAACCAAUGUCCAAUCCAUGGCUUCUGGAUCUUAUGAAAAAAUGUCUAGCUUGGGACCGGAAUGAAAGAUGGAGAAUCCCUCAACUGCUUCAGCAUCCAUUUCUUGUUCCUCCAGUUCCACCUCAAUUACCUGCCCCACCCGAUGAAAGCAGUAAAUUGCUUCGACUGGUUGCUGAAUCCAAUAUAGGUGAUCAGAAGGUUUUGAUGCUAUGCACUCAACUUGAGAAUAUGUUAUCAAACCCAAGAUCGCUAGUUUCAUCACAGGAAACGAUAUCCCGAGACUUGCAACGCAAGUUACUUUAUAAAAUGUCAACCCUUUGCUUUCAGCUCCAAGAACAAUUAGCAAAUGUCGAAAGAGAUGCAAAUAUCUGAUCUUGUAAGUGAAUUUACAUUCUAAGUGGUCAAUAUUUGUUACCUUUUUUGAUUUAUAUAGUUGCUUAAGGGAAGACCUAGGCAAUAAUGGCAUGUUUGGUGAGAAAGAAGUCGAAAGUACUAAGUAUUACUAAAGAAUGUCGGGGUCAAAUUACAAAAUAAGCCCGAAAUGACCACAUCAUUCUACUCCCACUUCAUGUGGCCACUUUUUCAGGUGUUUGUUUGGCUGAACUGGAAUUGAUGCUAGUAUUUGGCAGUUAUGUAACGAUUCUUGUAUUGUACGCAUAUGAAAAAUUCUUCA